AUGUGCGUCGAGCGGGUCACACCCUGCCCAAGGCCCCUCCUCCCCUUUCUGCUUUGUCGCCUGAGCUCUCCCCGUCCGCGCAAUUCGAGCAAAGAAAUGGGGUCCGUGAGCCUUGCAUCCUGGGCUGACGGUUUCAGCAUCUGGCAUGACCCAGUGCACGGCCUCCUGACGGGCAGUCCUCGUGGGCCGCGAUGGCGGUGGAGGGAGCUUACUCGAGGAUGCUGGGGACGGUGUGGCGAAUGGAGGGCUCCACGGCGAGUCACACCAGAUGGCAGCUGCCCAUGCCAGGCUGGAACCCGACCGAGAGAGGUCGACCCCGCCGGCCCGAGAAGACGAAGAACAGUCUGGAUUUUCGGGAUGGCGCUGCCCGGCGGCGGUGGAGACGCUCCAAGCUUAGAGGAUCCAUCGCGCGUUUAG